AUGGAAUUCAGUGAGAAGAAUAACUCAGAGGAAAAAAUGCCCGAUUGUUCACUUUUAGAAUGCCAUCGCGGGUUAUGUAUCCCAAAUACUUUAGACAUAGGGGACGAAAAUGGAGCGAUUCACCAUGUUCUUCACCCAACAAAGAAACUGCAAAUAUUAUUCUCUGGAUUCUCCAGCUAUAUCACUCUAGCACAAUUUCCGUUCCUGUCGGAGUUACUGAUAAUGUCUCAAGAUCUUGUAAAGAUUACAACCUUGCAAUCAUGCCCGAAUCUGAAAAUACUAUGGAUUUGUGAAUGCCGCGUUGCGAAGAUUGAAAAUCUGGAUCAGUGUUUCAAUUUGGAGGAACUCUACCUCUAUGACAACGCUAUAAAAAAGAUUGAAAACCUUGAAAACCUAAAGAAACUUCGGGUGUUGUGGCUGAACGAUAACGAAAUACAUCAUAUAGAGGGGAUUUCUGAACUGAACCGGCUAGAAUCUCUCAAUUUGUCCGGAAAUGCCAUUGAAUGCGUAAAAGGGGAGAUAAACCACAUGAAGUGCUUAAGGAAUCUUUUCAUUUCAGGCAACCGUCUUGGCGUUUUGGAGGAUCUAUUGUCAUUAGCAUCUCUGCCGAGACUUGUCUGUUUAUCGGUUAAUGAGCCCGGAUAUAUGCCGAACCCUGUGUGCUCAAAUCCAAACUUUCCUCUAAUCGUGUUGUAUUUCCUCCCUCGACUGAAAAUGUUAGAUCAAGUGGAUGUUGGAUGUCAUGAACUACGCGAAGCUAUUAUGACUGUGAUGCAAAUCAAACAGAGCUAUUACAGAAUGCAAGUGCAGUCGAGAAUGGCACUGGAGGAGCGGGCUGCAAAUCGUCUGCGUACUGUGUACAGAAAGCUGAGUGAUAAGAUAUACGCCCAAGUUGAAGUGCUCGAUAAAGCUGCACGCUGUCUGCAAGCUGGAAUUGGUCCCAAUACCAAGAGUGAAGCUACUUCUGAGUGUGAUAGAUACCUACAAAUUCCAUGGAUCAAAGAACUUGGGCAACGGAUAUUCGUCUGGGAAAGUUUGCUGAAGAAGUGCAGGUUAGAACUUGCAACGGAGUUACAGGUAAUUCAGCGGAAGAUUUCACUGCGGUUGUAUCUACUACAGCUGGAACUGGAGAGUUGUGGGUACGUUGAAAUAGAAGAAGCUGGACCAAAUGACGACUGGUUUACCUACUGUGGAAAUAUUUUGGCGACACGUUGCUGCGCUCGUGAGCUUUUUCAAGUUGGCGUAGUUGGUAUAAAAAUCUGUAGAGUAUAUAGAAUUAUAAACAAGAUGUCACGCCAUCUAUCUGUGAAGGAACCAGACUACUCUUCCGAUGAAGAAAAGUUAUCUUCACAUGAGUGUUCGAAUGAUCAAGAUACUGAGUGUGGACUUUCGGAGGGAUAUUUUUUUGUCGUCCGGCCACAGGGAGAUCAGGAACUUCAUCAGUACGCUUCGCUAAUUAGCUGUAAUUGUUAUCCAAACAAAGUUCCAAUUACGUUGACGAACAGUUUGAAUGUUGCAGAUGAAGCUAACCUUAGAAAGUUGUUAGUGAGAACGCCCGACGACGCAUGUCCACAGUCUACAUUUUUCGCAACUUUUCUUCUUGUGCGAACAAAGAAAGAACCAGAGUUUUGCAACCUAAUGAGUAACUGUAAAAAAGAUAUGUGUCGGGGAUCUUUGGUAAAUUCUACGGACGUUCGUUGGCCCGCUCAAGGUCGGAAGAAGGAAGCUAAGAGUUGCAACUGCAGGAGUGUCAUAAUGAAUUUCGAACCGAAUGAUGAAAAUUUCCUGGCAGCGUCGUUUGUCAUGGAAGUUAAGUACAUUCCUGGAGAUCAGGAUACAUCAGUGCUGCAACGAGCUUUUGGUUUAACAAAGUUGGAUUCAAAUGAUUUACUUCCAAACGAGGAAUUGCGGGCUGAUUCAUCUAUAUUAAAAAGCAUCCCUGCGAAAUUUUUGAAACCCUGCAGUGGCGACACGUUAGAACGUUUUUCUGAAAAGAAUUCAGAGCAGCAAAUUCAAGCGAAAGCAAAGGUGACAACUUUGUCUCUAUUGGAGGUGAAACUUACACGUUUAGUGAACUUACAGCGCUAUUCCUCUCUAACAGUACUUUUUAUCAAUCACUGUCGCUUGCGAGUGUUGCCUACGCUUGCAAAUCUUCCAUUACAGUCGCUUGACUUAAGUCAUAAUCUGCUUCCCACACUUACUAACCUAAACAGUCUUCCAAGAUUAAAAGUACUGAAUGUGAAUUACAACAUACUAACAAACUUAUUCCAGGAUGUCAUUACGAUAAGUAACUCAUGCACCAAACUGCAAGACCUUAAUUUACAAUUUAACCCCUGGAAAGUCCCGACAGAGGUUCGUCUUUUUGUCGCUGCCUACCUCCCAAGCAUAGAGACAAUCGACGGAUACCUGGUCACAGCUAACGACAGAGAAAGUGCGGAAAGUAUUUUUCAUCAACGGCGGAAUAGGUUUUGCAAAUUCUUCAACACAAGAAGCACUAUAGCCGAAGAAGUGGUUCCAAGUCUGACAAUCCAUCCUACUGCAAGAUUGCAUCUGUUGCGAACAGAGUUAUUCAAUGUGAAAACAAACAUAGUUCUGAAAAGUAUUGUGUCCUUGUGUCUGAAUGACUGCAAGCUUAGAACCCUAGAAGGUUUUGACCUACUAACCAGCUUGCGUUAUGUUUGUCUUGAUAAUAACUACUUGGAAACUCUGGAAGGACUGAAUUUCUGUACUAACCUGGAAGAAAUCUCAGCAGAGGAUAAUAGCCUAACAUCCUUCGAAAGUUUUCAGCAGUUAAAGAAACUGAAACGGCUGUUGUUGGGAAAUAACUCAAUACAGUCGUUUAGGGGCCUUAGAAAAAGUGACUUCCCAAAUUUAGAGGUGCUUGUUGUGAGAGCUAAUGGAAUUAAGGAAGUGGACGGGAUUGCAGUGUUGGUUAACCUUCAAGAAUUGUAUAUUGCAAACAACGAUCUAAGGGAAUUGAAAGUUGUACUGGAAUUGAAAGACCUUCUGCUUCUGACAAUUGCUGAUUUUUCUGGAAAUCCGCUGACAAAGGAGUUGAAUCACUACCGUCUUCGGAUGAUAUUUCACUUGAAGUCACUGAAAGCCCUAGAUGGACUAGAAAUAUCGACAAAUGAUACAUUACGCGCAAAGGAACUACUUGGUGGUCAUUUGUCAGAGGAAUUCCUGAUGGAAAAAUUUAACGGCGAAAAUCUGUCGGAGCUUGUUUGUCUGGAAAUAUGUGGAAAUCUGUUGAAGGUUGUAGACGUUCUGUCACCCGAAUACUUUUCAAAACUACAGAGUGUAAAUUUGGAACGAAACAAUCUGACAUCUUUCGGCGGAUUACUUUUCCUCCCACAAUUGCGUACUCUUUGUCUUAAUGAGAAUAACAUUGAAACGUUGUUUCCCGCAAACAUUCAGUUAAUUGCUUCAUCCUCGCGUAGAAAACUAAAAGAUCUAGCGGAUACUCGCUAUGUAUCUCUGUACACUUCAAAACAGGCCAUAUUCCCCAAGCUGAAGGUCUUGCACCUGGCAAAAAACCACAUCAGCACUUUAUUACCGUUACAUUUCCACAGAAUGCCUGCAAUACGAUCAUUAUUCCUCCAGUACAAUGAAAUUUCAAGUUUCUCUGGUUUGGAAAGUCUUCCAGUGCUGAGAGACUUAGUCCUCGAUGGAAACAAAAUAAAGGAAAUACCUGAAAUUUCAUUGCAGUUCAGGUGGUCACUACAAGAAUUACACCUGGAGAGCAACAGGCUUCGAGAACUAUAUAAUCUCAAGAGCUUGGAAAAUUUAAAACGAGUCUAUUUGAGUGGAAAUAAGCUGUAUGAUCUUAACGAUCUAGAAAGAUUUUCAACAAUCCAGAAGAACCUAAUUGAGAUAUCACUCAUCGAUAACCCGCUAACAUCGAGACAGAUUCACAGACUCAUUCUUAUUAACGGAUGUCUGCGCGUACAGGUUAUUGAUGGAAUUCCGGUAACUCCCGAGGAGCGUGAACGGUGUGCUGCGUUUUAUGCAGAUAUUGAGCUUCAGACACUUAUAAACACUGGUUCGUUGCCCCAACCCGCUCCACUUUGUGCACAAGCUACCCGCCUUACUUCCACUGUGUGCGAAACAACACUACCAGGAAUAAACAACGCAAAACUUAACUUAGUUCCAUCUAAGCAUUCGAAUGCUCCCGUAAUAUAUCGAAGCAAACCAAGCUUCAGUAUCACCAACGCUGGCCAAAAUGCAAGUGGACCAGAAAAGAUUGCAGCCUCAUUAAAGGCUAACAGCAAAUCGCCACCAUGUGACCUUCACAUUCGUGGAACAAAUCUUGACCCAUUUGUCCUUUUAAACACAAACCACAACCUACAAGAGCAUGUUUUGUAUUCAUAUACUGUUCCGGGAAUAUCUGUUUUUCCGGCAUGUGUGACGGAGAAUGCAGAUGUCAGUCAGCCUCAGGAUCUGAUCUCGAAGAUCUCCAGGCCAAGUUCAUUACCAGAUUUUGUGAUCGCCAAAAGAUAA